GCGUCACAGGUCCUGGUAGGGAAGAAGUAAGUAGGUCCUGGUAGGGGAGUUCUGUGACGGCGGCACCUCCGGGUAUAGACCGAGCGAGUGGGAUGGAGUCGCGAGUCCCGGACUCCGGGGCUAGCGAGACCGAGCAAGCCGCGGACAGGGGACUGGCAAGUGGUGGCGCCGCUCCAGGGCCCUCAGUUUCGGCGCCCCUGGGAGCCGCCCGAUGGAAGCUCUUGAAGCAGGUUCUGAAGCACAAACGCCUGGAUGAUUGUCUGCGACAUGUAUCUGUAAGAAGAUUUGACUCGUUUAAUCUGUUCUCAGUAACAGAAGCCAAAAAAAGGGAAAGUGAAGAGGAGGUUGGUACGUGGGUUCAAUAUGCAAGUGUCUUCUAUCCUGAAUACAGUAUCUCCUUAAGGCAUAAUAGUGGGUCCUUGAAUGUUGAAGAUGUUCUUACCAGCUUUGACAAUACGGGAAAUAUUUGCAUCUGGCCAUCUGAAGAGGUUCUGGCUUACUACUGCCUCAAGCACAGUAAUACAUUCAGGGACCUUGCUGUGUGUGAGCUAGGGGGUGGCAUGACAUGCUUGGCUGGGCUCAUGGUUGCUAUUUCUGCAGAUGUCAAAGAAGUUCUGUUAACUGAUGGGAAUGAAAAGGCCAUCAGGAAUGUGAGAGACAUCAUCACAAGGAAUCAGAAGGCUGGUGUGUUUAAGACUCAGAAGAUAUCAAGCUGCGUUUUACGAUGGGAUAAUGAGACAGAUGUCUCUCAACUGGAAGGACAUUUUGACAUUGUUAUGUGUGCUGACUGCCUGUUUCUGGACCAGUACAGAGCCAGCCUUGUUGAUGCAGUAAAGAGAUUACUCCAGCCCAGGGGGAAAGCGAUGGUAUUCGCCCCAUGCCGAGGGAAUACUUUAAACCAGUUUUGCAAUUUAGCUGAAAAAGCUGGUUUCUCUAUCCAAAGACAUGAAAAUUAUGAUGAACACAUUUCAAACUUCCACUCCAAGUUGAAAAAGGAAAACCCUGAUGUAUAUGAAGAAAACCUUCAUUACCCACUUCUGCUUAUUUUAACCAAAAAUGGAUAGAAGAUUAUUAAGCUUCUCAAAAGACCAAGAAAACAUCAAAUGCACAGGAACUGUUUUUACAAAACCAGAAAUCUGUAAUGGGUAUAAUAUGCAGCAAGCCAUUGGAUCCCUGAGAUUUCUGAGCCCCAGGACUGGGGCCCCCACCCCAUUUGCCACAUUCUAUGUUUGGGUUAUGGGUUCCACCUGUCCCCACCCACAUUAUUCCCCAGCCAUCCUCACCCAGCUCCCUCACCUCUCUUUUUACAGUCUGCUUGUUGCUCUUCCUGCACCAAACCUUUGUCUAUCUUUAAAUAUGGAUAAACAGCCUGUCUGAGGUUUGACUCAUGAGCAACCUGGAUAAUUUUUCCCUCUGAGACAGAAUUUCCUUUGGCGAUUCCCACCCACCUUUUUUUUUUUUUUUCUUUUUAAAUCUGGUCUUUGUUCUUUUUUGGUGGUGGCAGUUUUUAAUCUGUAAACACAGCAAACAUCAUGAUUCCUGGCUUAAAAAAUAUAACAAAGUCCAUCUUUCUGAUCUCCCUCCAAUUAAUUAUAUUAAAU